AUGUUGCACACAGACACCUGGGCGAGGUACCUCGCCCAUGACGCGCCGUGGAUGGAGUCUGCGCGUGCAGUUUUGUCGCCUUUAAAGAGCUCCAUUAUUCAUUCUCACCCCACAGUCACCCAUAUGUUUCGCCAGGUAGACACUGCAGCAGAGAGCAUUCUAUCUUUCUAUGCACCCGACCUCCCCGCCAGCAGUCGCCAGAACAGCGGCCUGCCUCUAAUGGAUGGGAAGGAUGUCGCCAUCGUCAUAUCCGCUUAUCUCCUCCUCGUAGCUCUCAGCCUUCUCGUAGGACGCGGGUCCACCACGCAGGCGGUUACCCAAAAGAGGGAAAAACCUCUGCUUGAAAAAAUGGGCCCUGUCUUUGUCUGUCAAGCCAUCUAUAAUAUAGCACAGGUGAUUCUUUGCGGGUUUCUAGUGGCCCGCGUAUUUGAUGUAUGGCGGGCCGAAGAAUAUUCUUUUAUAUGCAAUCGAUUCAACGUGCCCAACACGCGCAUGGCGGAGGUCACCUGGUUCUUCUACAUGCUGAAGUACGUCGACCUGUUGGACACUGUGUUUAUGAUAGUGCGGGGAAAUUGGCGGCAGGUGUCUUUCCUGCAUGUUUAUCAUCACUCUUCUGUUAUUUACAUCUCCUGGGUGAACGCGAGUGUUGGCUAUGACGGAGAGAUCUACUACGUCGUUGCCCUCAACGCUUUGGUGCACGUGGUGAUGUACGCGUAUUAUUUUAUGGCGAGUCUGAACAGUCCGCUGGCGCGGACAAUAAAGAUAUUUGUAACGCAGCUGCAGAUGGCUCAGUUUCUGUCUAUGACGGCGCAUGCUUGUUAUCAUGUGUAUUUUUACAAGUCUUGCCGUUACCCAGUGCGCGUGACCAUUGGUUACUUCUUCUACGUCCUCAGUCUCUUUCUGCUCUUCCGCAACUUUAGCAAAAAAACAUACGGAAAAAAACCUGCAACAGCUGCUGUUGGUGCUGCCAGCAGCAAGGACGGCAGAAGCAACACCAAGGCCAAAGCAGCAUAA